CGCAUCCAGUUUCCUAUGAUUCUUGAAGGUCGAAGCCUCUUGGUUAUAUUUUGUUUUCCUUAGGGCAGAGAUUCCACUGGAGCAUGUACUUUAAAAGCCUCAUGAGGUCAUGCUCUGUCCUUAAAAAUUCAACCUUAACCUUAGUAAAGAGAGCGUGUAAUGCAAACGCAAAAUGCAGGGCCUACAAACUUGUGUCUGGCCAAAAGAAGAUAAAGAGGAUGCAUAGCAAAAUCCAAAAUGUACAUGGCAAUUGACAAGUUGGGUACGUGGAGCAAGCCUAAACACUAAAAACAUGAAACAAGCUGACCUCUAACCGUUGGUUGAACGUUCAUCUAUGGCCGCCAUGUGAGCUUUGUAUAUCACACUUGACACUUCAUCAGUCCAUUGCUCUCUGUCUCUCUCUCUCUCUGUCCUCGUAUCAAAGCCAUGGCAAGCACUACCUCUCCCUUUCUGUCUGUGUCAAAAUUGGAUUUUCCAUUUUUAUCCUCUCAGAGAAACAUAACUUUCAGCAAGGAAAAUCUUCAUCAAGUUAAGAUGCCUCGUAGGAUGUCUAAGUUUUCUGGGUUUGAAUCAAAUGGGUUUAUCUUAUUUUCUUCUUUGAGUGGUCAAAUUGGUGAGGGCAGCUUUCCUAGUCCAGAAGCCACUGCGAACAACAAUGCGCCUGAGGUCCAAGUUCAAAGCAGAAUAUGGAACUGGAGGGGUUAUUCUAUCCGCUAUCAGCAUGCUGGCAACAGUGGCCCGGCAUUAGUAUUAAUUCAUGGUUUUGGAGCAAACAGUGACCAUUGGAGGAAAAAUAUUCCAGUUCUUGCAAAAUCACAUAGGGUAUACUCAAUUGAUCUUAUUGGUUAUGGGUACUCAGACAAACCAAAUCCUCGUCAAUUUGGGGAAAGUUCCUUUUACACAUUUGAGACAUGGGGCACCCAGCUAAAUGACUUUUGUAUUGAUGUGGUCAAGGAUGAAGCAUUCUUUAUAUGCAACUCUAUCGGAGGACUUGUUGGUCUUCAGGCAGCAGUUAUGGAGCCACAGUUAUGUAAGGGCAUAAUCCUCUUAAAUAUUUCUCUUCGUAUGCUUCAUAUUAAAAAGCAGCCUUGGUACGGAAGACCAUUGAUUAGAUCAUUUCAGAACUUACUGAGAAAUACUGAUGUGGGCAAAUAUUUUUUCAAAACUGUUGCCACACCAGAGUCUGUGAGGAAUAUCCUUUGCCAGUGCUACCAUGACACCUCCCAGGUAACAGAGGAACUAGUUCAAAAAAUCCUUCUUCCAGGACUUGAGCCUGGUGCUGUAGAUGUAUUUCUGGAGUUCAUUUGUUACUCAGGUGGCCCCCUUCCUGAGGAACUAUUGCCUCAAAUGAAGUGCCCUGUUUUGAUAGGAUGGGGUGAGAAGGAUCCAUGGGAGCCCAUUGAACUUGGACGUGCCUAUGGGAAAUUCGAUUCUGUAGAAGACUUCGUUGUUCUUCCUAAUGUCGGCCACUGCCCGCAGGAUGAAGCACCUGACUUAGUGAAUCCACUGGUCGAGUCAUUUGUGGCACGCCAUGCUGCACUCUCAGCCAGCAUUUCCACAGCUACCUGAUCUGUGGCAUGUCAGUUUGUUGCAGUUUCUUUGUGCAGCAAAGGCCAUUGCUAGUCAAAACUUAAUUCUUAUGCCCCAGAAGCAGCGGCUUUCAAACAGUAUUGCAGAUGCUUUUGAUGUUCUAUUGAUGGCGUCAUCAUGUGGCAUCUGAAUAGAAUGUUACGAGACGUGUUAUGGCACCCUAACUAGUUUUAUAUUCUACGCUUUCCCUUUUACCAGGAAUACCAAGUUUCUAUUAGGUUUUGCUCUUUGUAAUCACAUAUUAUGACUGUGUAAGACCUCUUUAGUUAGUGAUGUAUCAGCUUCACAUU